AAAAUUUAAUUUUUCCAAUAAAAUAAAAGUUAGAGUUAUAAUUUGCCAAAGCAAAUGCACGUGCAUGGAAUGCUGACAGUAUUGAACAGUGACCUUCAAGCCUCUUGAAAAGGCAGAACAAACCCACUAAUGAAUAGUGACCUUUAAUCAUAAAUUAACAAAAAGAGUCAAACGAAAUGAUUCUAUAAAAAAAAGAGCAAGUAAAACAGCACCUUCUUUGCUUCUUCUUCAAUUUAGAAAUCAACCUAGAAGAUCCUGGAGAUUCUGGAUGAAAUCUGUCGGAUCUCGCUUUCCAAACUGUCAGAUUUCCUUGGACGAUUUUGUAUCUUCUUGACCAUGAUGGGCUCCCCUUUUAAAAUGUACCAUCCUCAUCUCUCACCAUCUUCAUCUCCCUCCUCAUCAUCUUCAUCUCCCUCAGUUGCCCUAUUUCAUCUUCAUCAAGCUUUUGGCCACACCAUAAUAUUCAAGUCAAUAUGGGUAUGGCCGCAGAAACCCAGUUUCAUGUUUUGGCUGUGGAUGACAGUCUCAUUGACAGAAUGUUGAUUGAGAGACUCCUCAAAACAUCAUCCUUCCAAGUUACUGCAGUGGAUUCUGGAAGCAAGGCUUUGAAAUUUCUUGGUUUGAAUGAAGAUGAGCAGAGAAAAGCAGAUUCAUUCUCUGUUUAUUCUAAUGGCCAUCAGGAUUUAGAAGUAAACCUGAUCAUAACAGAUUACUGUAUGCCAGGAAUGACAGGCUAUGACCUACUGAGAAAAAUCAAGAAGAUCAUUAAUUUUGCAGGAUCUGAAUCUCUCAAAAACAUACCAGUGGUAAUUAUGUCCUCAGAGAAUGUCCCAUCAAGAAUCAACAGAUGCUUAGAAGAAGGAGCUCAAGAAUUUUUUCUGAAACCUGUUCAACAGUCAGAUGUAAACAAGCUCAAGCCACAUUUGAUGAAAUCAAGAGUUAACGAAGAGGAAGACCAAUUCAUCAAUAACAAAAGGAAGGACAUGGAAAAAGAAACCCAUUCACCCGAUAAAACCAGAGCAAAAAUAUAGCAGUUAGAGGUGUUUUCCAAUUAAAAUUGAAGACACAUAGACCCUAGGACAUUUUCCUCUACCCUGUUUCAACAGCUUAGCAAGGAGGAGUAGAUAGUGCAGAAUAGGGGUCCCUGAUAUAAUGUAGCUGACUGAAGACAAAGAUUUUCAUUCAUUUUCUUAUCACAAGAUUUUCAUUCAAUUUUGGUGUAUAAAUAGCAAAUUUCUUUAAACGAUUUUCAUCAAUCAAAUAUAUAUGCGCCAAAAGACUUCUAGUUCUGGCUACCUAUUCUAUUCGUGGCCAAUAAGGUAAUAACACAUAAGAUCCAUUCCACUUAUGGUCUAGCAGUGAGUUUAAUUAAUGCCACGAGAAUCAUCAACAAAUAUUAAGGGCCUGUUUGUUUUUGUUCUUUGUUUUUUUGUCCUCAAA